AUGGGGUCCCACACCUUUCUGGUGCGCAAUGAUACGGGAUCACAGACAUGGGCCACCGCGUCUAGUUUGAUGAGGAACUUCAUGCUCGCCAGGGCCUUACGGGAGGAAAUACAGGCCACGGCACACGGAGGGGAAAGUCGGCCCGUGCUUCCUCCUGUAGGCACAGUGCAGACCAAGGGCAGAGCAGGGUGCUCUGAGGCGCGAAGGUGCGUCUACACCGAGUCCAAGGCCACGCAGCAUUUCAAGUUCAACCCUGAGGGCUUGCGGAGCUGGCGGCUUCGGGAAAGCUGUGCUCGGGUCCUGCCCGGCCCGAAGCGCUCUCCGCUCGGGCGUCUACACUCUCCCUCCUUUCCUUCCCGCCGAUCCAGCCAGCCAGGCUUUCUCCCCCUCUGUUCUCGCCUCCUCUCCCCCUCGAAUCCAGUCCUGGUUUCCCCGCUGCCAGCUCCUUCCCCUGCCUGCUGGGCUCGCUCCCCGCCCCCGCCUCUCGGGUCCCGGCGGGCCGCUCGGCUCCCCGGCUCCCCCGAAGCCCGGCCGCCCGCGGCUCCGCUCGCCCAGGGCGGCCGCUCCGGUCCGGAACCCGCCGCCGCCGGAGCCGGGCGCGAGUCCCAGCAGCUGGCGAGGAGGCGGCAGCGUCUGGCCCGGGUCCCCCCCGCCCCCCACCCACCCCAGCCCCCCUCCGCCCGAGGCUGCGGCGGCGGCGGCCGCCCGGCUCGCUCCGGCCGCAGGGGCCGGCGCCGCGGCUGCUCGGCGGCUUCCGGCGGCCGCUGGGGCUACCAGGCGCUGUCUGUGGUGCUGCUGCUGGCGCAGGGCGGGCUGCUGGACCUGUACCUCAUCGCCGUCACCGACCUGUACUGGUGCUCCUGGAUCGCCACCGACCUGGUGGUGGUGGCGGGCUGGGCCAUCUUCUUCGCCAAGAACAGCCGGGGCCGUCGGGGGGGCCCGGCGGGCGGCGGUGCGCACAACCACCACCAGCUCCACCACCACUCGGCUCCUCCCCUGCACCUGUCCUCGGCGGCGGCGGCGGCGGGGGUCGGGGCCAAGGCCCGCGGGGGCCGAGGAGGUUCGGGCGGCCCGGGAGCCGGGCCGGGGGCGGCUGGGGCGGCGGGCGAGUUCGCCUUCGCCUACCUGGCCUGGCUCAUCUACUCCAUCGCCUUCACCCCCAAGGUGGUGCUCAUCCUGGGCACGUCCAUCCUGGACCUCAUCGAGCUGCGCGCGCCCUUCGGCACCACGGGCUUCCGCCUCACCAUGGCGCUGUCGCUGCCCCUGCUCUACAGCCUGGUGCGCGCCAUCAGCGAGGCGGGCGUCCCCCCGGCCUCGGCGGGCCCCCUGCUCCUGCAGCCGCAGCGGCACCGAGCCGCGGGCUGCUUCCUGGGCACGUGUCUGGACCUGCUGGACAGCUUCACGCUGGUGGAGCUGAUGCUGGACGGCCGCGUGCCGCUCCCCGCGCACCUGCGCUACCUGCUCAUCGCCGUCUACUUCCUCACGCUGGCCUCCCCGGUCCUCUGGCUGUAUGAGCUCAACGCCGCCGCCGUGGCCGCCGCCCCGGCCUGGGGCCAGGCCUCCGGGCCCGGCAGCUGCAGCCGCCUCUUGCGCCUGCUGGGCGGCUGCCUGGUGGACGUGCCCUUGCUGGCGCUGCGCAGCCUCCUGGUGGUGAGCUACCAGCAGCCGCUGUCCGUCUUCAUGCUCAAGAACCUCUUCUUCCUCGGCUGCCGUGGCCUGGAAGCCCUGGAGGGCUGCUGGGACCGUGGGAGUUGGGUUUCCCCGAGUCGGGCCAGAGGCAGCUACGGUGCUCCCCCGUCCGCCCCACCGCCACCUCCGCCACUGCCACCUCAGGGAGGCUCCCAGCGGGGCCACUUGGAAAACGAAGGGGGCCCUCACGGCUACGUCAACACCCUAGCUGUGGCCUCUCAGAAUUGAACAGGGGAAGGGCAGGGUCCCUGAUCUUGGCUUUAGCGUUUCUGGCCCCCUUGGCUGCGUUUAGAAGAGGUAACCGUCGAUAAGGUCGAAGGUCAGUGAAUUCUUCCCACGGGUAGAGACUACUUGGAGCGAGAUGAG